AAGCCUUGCUACUUUUUUUCCUUGUGCGAGGCGUGAAAACGCGCCUCCCUACCGCUUGACGCGCGCCUCGCAACCAAGUCGUAUUUUCGGCACCUGCCCUGCCCAUAGCAGCUCCGCGCAGACCACUGCAGGCUAUUUUCCUUUGCUCGACUCAGUCUCAAACCUCGCAUUGUCCUCUCCUCCCUCGCGUCCUUUCCUUCCUCCCUUCUUUUCUCCAAUGAUCGAGUCGGUCCUUAUAUUCAACCAGCUGGGCAAGCCGCGGUUGAUAAAGACAUACAAGCAGCUGGACACGGCGACACAGCAGCAGCUGUUGCGCGAAAUCCACAGCCUGGUAUCGAAGCGCUCUGACACGCUCUGCAAUUUCCUACACGGCUCGCAGCAGCUGGUCGGCUCGAGCUCGCGCAUCGUGUACCGGCACUACGCAACCCUGUACUUUGUCUUCAUAGUCGAUAGCUCCGAGAGCGAGCUGGGCAUUCUCGAUCUGAUCCAGGUCUUUGUCGAGGCGCUGGACCGUGUAUUUGAGAAUGUGUGUGAGCUCGACCUGAUCUUCCACUUUGACGACGUGCACUAUAUUUUGUCCGAGGUUGUUUCUGCCGGCAUGGUCGUCGAGACGAACCUGGCGGAGAUUUCAAAGGCAGUUAAUGAGGGCCGCAGGCAAAAAAAGCCCCUGCCCGAACCGUCCCGCGUCGGUAUUGGGGCGCUGCGGCGCGGAUUCGUUUAGAAACAGAUUUUUUUCCUUCCUUCCUUGCUGCUGCGGUUCGAAUCAGCCAGCCUGUCCUCCCCCACUUCCCUUAAAACCACGAUCUCUUCUUGUUUCUUUUUU